AAAAAAAGCAGCUUCAAAACGUACGUUGUCGUCUGCCGCAGCGCCUCCCGCUCGUUGUCACCGUCGACCGCCACACAACCAUAGUAGCUGCCACUUGCCAGCCGUGAAGUUUUGCCUAACGCAAAGGCGCCCCUUAAAAAGCAACUCCAAAGCGGAACGUGAGGCUACCGUCCAUUUAUCACCGUCUGUGUCGCACAACCAUAGUAGCUACCAUCUGUGCCGGAUAAAUCAAGAGGAGAUAUUUUAAGGAAGAAAAAAAAAACAUAAAUGGCGGAUGCUAUUGUUUCAGAAGUGGUGGGGAGAAUUGCAACUAUGUUAGAAGAUAAGAUUCGGUACGAAGUCAAUUUGGUGAGAGGCGUGAAGGACGAACUUCUUUAUCUUUCCAAGAAGCUCAAGACGAUCCAAAAGGUGUUGGAUGAUGCAGAAAAGAGAGGAGUGAAAGAUGAAAGUGUCAAAAGUUGGUUGAAGAAGCUCGAAGCUACGGCCUAUGAGAUGGAGGAUAUUUUGGAUGAAUGGAGCUAUUCUCUUCUCAAAGAUAAGAUGGAAGGUUCGGCUGAGCCUGAGCCUAAGCAAAAGAUAGGGUGUUCCUUCAUCAGAUCUUCUUGUUUAUCUUUCAAGAAAGUUUCUGUUCGUCGUGAUAUUGCCAAGAAAAUAGAAAAUGUGAAAGCUAUGCUUGAACAGAUUAACAAAGAGAAAAAUGAAUUCAAAUUUGACAUCUCUCCCCCUACAGCUGAUUCAGUGCCCACACCUUGGCGAGUGCAAUCCACACCUUUUGUUGACUUGACGAAAGUUCAUGGGGUGGAUAUACAUAAGAAAAAAGAAGACAUAGUGAGCAAACUAAUGCUUAAUGGUGGUGAUACCCAAAUUUUGUCUAUUGUUGGAACCGGCGGACUUGGCAAAACAACUCUUGCCAAACUUGUUUAUAAUGAUGAACGAGUGAAGGAUUGUUUUGACUUGAAAAUAUGGAUUUGUGUCUCUGAUCCCUUUGAUGUGUCUGAGGUCUCCAGAGGAAUUAUCGAGUGUGUGACAAAAAAUACAAUUCAAAAAAAUAUCCAAUUGGGAUCAGAACUAAAACAACUAAGCGAUUGUAUUUUACAAAAGAAGUUUCUUCUUGUCCUCGAUGAUGUUUGGACAGAAGACAACAAUCAAUGGGAGCCCCUGAAAAUCAGUCUCCAAUGUGGUGCAGCAGGUAGUAAAAUUCUGGUGACAACAAGAAAGGAAACGGUAGCUAAGAUGUUCCGUACCUUAGACGACGAUAUGUAUCACCCAAAUAAGCUUAGUGAAGAAGAAUGUUGGUCAUUAUUGCGUGACACAUCUCUUCUAGGAAAGAGUGAUGAGGAAUGUGGAAAAUUUGAGGAUUUGGGCAAGAAAAUAGCUAGAAAGUGCAAUGGAUUGCCUCUUGCUGCAAUUGUUUUGGGAACACUUUUGCAGUUCAAGGAUUUGGAUGGAUGGAAACAUGUAGAGAAGAGUGAAAUAUGGCAAUUGGAGAAUGCGAAAGUAGAUCUUUUUCCUCAUUUGGUUUUAAGCUACAAUGAAUUGUCCCCAACUCUCAAGCGUUGUUUUUCAUAUUGUGCCGUCUAUCCUAAAGAUCACAAAAUUCAUGCAAAGACUCUGAUAGAGGAGUGGAUGGCGCAGGGUUAUUUAGGCUCUGACAGUGGAAAUGGUGCAAUGGAGCUCAAAGGGCGAGAGAACCUAAAGAAUUUAGCAAUGCGUAGUUUGUUUCAGGACAUUGAGAAAAGCAAGUCAGGGGAGCAGAUAAAAUGGUGUAAAAUGCAUGAUAUAGUACAUGAUUUUGCUCUAUUUCUUAGGACGAAUGAUGACAGUGACAAAAGUUGUCAAGUUUGCGAUUCUUCAUUGGUUUCUCAUGUCCAAGAAUAUCGGAGUCUAUCGUGGGACUGCAAGCCACUUGAUGAUGAAAGAGACAGAAUUUGUAAAGUUUGUGAUUGCAUGAAAAGUGUUAGGGUGUUAAAAAUUGAGAGUGAAUCUCCGCCAGUGGGAAUAGAAAUGUUGAUUCACUUGAGACGGUUGGAUUUUAGUGGAAUUGCAUUGUCAAAGGAUGGCCUCAAAAUCAUAUGUAGGCUUUAUUUCUUGCAAACUCUUCUCUUGUCAAAGUGCAAGUUAACAGAGAUUCCACAAGAAAUUGGGAAAUUGGAUCAGUUAAGACGACUUGAUUUAAGUUGGAAUCAAGAAUUAAAGGAGUUACCAGAGAGCAUUUAUAGUUUGGUUGAAUUGCGAUCUCUUUCCUUCCGUGGCUGCCAUCUAGAAGCGAUUCAGAAAGAAAUUGGGGAUUUGGUUCAGUUAAGAAAACUUGACUUAUGUUUUAAUAGGGUAAAGGAGUUACCAGAGAGCAUUCGUAGUUUGGUUGGACUGCAAAUCUUGAAUAUUGAAUACACUGAUAUCGACUGUCUGCCUGAAGCAUUAGGUGAGUUGAGUAAUCUCCGCACACUGAAACUGAGUGGAUUCAAAGUAGGAAGUCAAUACAACAAGUUGGGUUUUCUUAAAAAAUUACACUGUCGUCUUAUUGGAUCUCUAGAUUUCGAAAUCCACUGUGGGAUGAGUGAAAUGGAGGGUUUGGUUGAGGACGCUCGAGAUGCACAACUAGAGAUACUCCUUCAAAAACUCGAAAGCCUCGAGAUAUGGUCCCCGCGUAUGAAGAAUGAAAUGGAGAAGUCAUCAUCAAUGUGGAUGGAGGUAGUAGAAGCACUCGUGCCACAUCGCACGUUGAAGAAACUGGUAAUCAGGGGAUAUAAGGGUUCCAGGCUUCCGCAUCUGAUGUCAUCACCCCUCAACUUUAUAAAAGAGAUUGAUCUGCCUUAUCUGGGUCAGGUGUCAUCACUGCCGGCGAUGGGGAAACUACCUUUCUUGGAAAUUCUGUCUAUGCAUGGAAUGGAUCAACUGAAGUUUGUCGGACGGGAGUUUUUAGGAAUAGAAUCUUCAGCAACGUCUAAUGGUGAUGUUGUUGUUGCAUUUCCUAAACUCACUAAACUGACAUUUCUAUCCAACUUCAAUUGGGAGGAAUGGGAGGACAUAACGGAGGAAGAAGAAGAAUCUGCUGCCAUCUCCAUCAUGCCAUGUCUCACUGAGUUGGGUAUCUCAAUGUGUUACAAUUUGAAGAAGCUGCCGCAUCGCCUGCUACGUAAGGUCAGCCCGUCUUUGAGGUUGUUGGGUAUCAUUAAUUCAUCAAAGCUCAUAGAAACAUACGCAGAGGACAUGGAAGGUACAGCUUGGAGAUCCAUAUCCCGACAUAAUCCCCAACUUCAACUUAAACUUCACCUGUAGGUCUAAUGCAAAUAUUUAUGUCUUUCUGUUUGUUUACCUUUUUUUUUGAGAUUGAAUUUGGGAUUAUGAUAAUUAUUUUUGCUUUAUUAGACGGAUACUCUUUUUCCUUCAUGGUGUUUUUCCCUUUGGGUUUUUUUGCCGUGAAGGUUUUAAUGAGGUCCGGCCUUGAGAGAUCGUUAUGUGGUCUCCAAGGUUUAGGUUUUGUUUGUUUAUGGCAUGUUCAUUUUUGGCUUCUUUCAAUCGUAUGAAUAUAUAUUUUGUA